GCUUUACUUGUGUUGUCAAAGCUAGUAGCUAGCUAAGUCUGCUAUAGUAGUUAGCUAAUGCAUUUUAUUGUUAACUAGAGUGGUUAGCCAGCUAAUUUUAGGAGUUUCAACAGUUGUUGGGUGGCAUUUUGUUAACUAUUGUUAGCUAGAACAGUCAAUGGUUGACUUGAGUAGCUAGUUAUGUAUAAUUAGGCUGGACAAUAAAACGUGUCGAUUCACCCAAGGCUGAAGAACGGCUGAAGAACGUUGGCUAAGCUGGAACACUAGCGCGAGCCCAUAGCAAAUGAAUGGAAUCGAACGUUCGCAGAGCCUGUUUUGACUGGAGUGAAGUUUAGAAUUCCAUUUAGCCUAAAUGGCACCAAAACAUGUAUCGCUUUUUAUUUUGCCACUACAAUCUGUUCUUAGGACGAAACUGGAAAAAGAACAACUCGUGUAGAAAGUAAACAUCCGCACAUCAAUGGUGCCAAGUGUGCUCAUGUCUGCAUAACGAGGAAGUAGGAACAUAAUGGCUAUUUCUGGUCUAGCGUUUGAUGAGAUACACUGCCCAAGGCUCACACCAUUCGAAAGAUGGGAUUUAAAAUGGUGUCCGAAUUGAGGAAAUCUAAAUAUACACAUUGCGAGAUAUUUGGUGAAAUAUGCCAGCAUGCUUCUCCAUAGGACAACAUUGGGGGGAGCUCAGCGUUCCAAGGGCAAAAGUCUUUUUCAGGUUGGCAUCAUGUCUCAGAAGCAGAUAUAUUACUCUGACAAAUACGAUGAUGAGAAAUUUGAGUAUAGGCACGUGAUGCUGCCCAAGGACAUUGCCAAGCGUGUGCCCAAGACCCAUCUGAUGUCAGAGACUGAGUGGAGGAACCUGGGCGUCCAGCAGAGUCAAGGCUGGAUACACUACAUGAUCCAUCAACCAGAGCCCCACAUCUUGCUGUUCCGUCGUCCACUGCCUGCAGCCUGAUCUCUCGGACAGAGGGCGAGAGAGAACCCAUAGGGAAGAAGAUAAGAGGGUGGCUGGAGAUGGUUGAACACAACUCAGUUGGAUGGAUAAAGACUAUUUUGUAAAUACUGCAUCGUAUACAGUGGAGCCAGAGUCGAGCUCCCACCCACUGACUCACUCACUGUGAAGCCUUUCACAUUUCCUCUGGACCUGCUUGGAACCCUUUCAUAUUUUUCUCUAUAUGUACUAGCUUGAUAAUGUUGCCAAUGUGUGCGUCUGGGAAGAAAAGGAAAAUGGCAACACAUUUUCAUUAUUCUCAACUUUAACCCACUAUACCAACUGUGAGUUGACUAACAUAUCUAAUUUUAAGGCAGAUAGUAAGAUGGUAAAUGUUCAAAUAUAGGAGGCGGCAUUUUGGCAGCACAAAUGUGCAGGGAUCUUACUGAAAUUACUGAUCAUAUACCUGUUAUGGCACUUGAUUCAAAACUUAUUUUGAAUACUUCAAGUGUAUGCACUCUUACACUGUACAAAUGAUAGCCCUCUGGAUAUUGUGGAGUAAAAGUAAAAACAAAAAUAAUGUUUUUAAUAUAAAUCGUGACCUGCUGCAGUUAUACUGUAGACUGUCUGCAUUUUUAGGACUGUCUGCAUUUUUAGAGCUGUCAAAAUGGGACCCAAUAUCUUCGUCGCCAUGUCUAUGAUUGUACAAAUCAGCUGCUCAGUUUUUAUGAAUUCUUGUACACUAUAAAUAAAUGUUUUCAUUUGA